AUGUCACGCCCAUCGUCAACAUCCACAUCGAGCAAUGCCUUUCCCAAACAAGCCGGCUCCGCUCUACUUUCACCCGAAAAAGUCGGAGAGCAACUGUCACCGUCACCCUCGCAAUUCUCCUUUGCUUCUUCACCUCACUCAAUCCAAGAAGCCGAGGCCGAACGAAACCGACCUUACAAUACCGCCGGCCAUGGACUGCGCCCCAUGACAUCGACGUCGCGGGCGCGGGCGCAGUUUUACGAGGACCAAUUCUCCUACAAGGACGGCAUCGUGUCGUCAGCACGCGAGCGCGUGACCAAGGACGCUCCCAUCGUAGCCGAGCUGCGGACCAACGUUAUCAUCAACGACGAAUACACUCUAGUCACCGACCUCUCGCAUCACCUCUCCAUGCGCUAUCAAAGACCCGAAACAUCGAUUAUGAUCACUGUCAAUCACUCGGCCUGUCUGCUUCUCGGCGGAUCCUUUGAGCCCACCUACAUUCUCACCAUCAACGCACUACCUGUGCAGGUGCAGCCCACGACCAAUAAGCGCAAUGCAUCCCUCAUCCAAACAUUCAUGGCUGAGUCAAUCGGCGUCUCGCCUGACCGGGGCAUCAUCAAAUUCAUCCCCAUCCCCGAAGAGAGUCUAGCCAUGAACGGCAUGACUAUCCUAGGCGAUAUCGAGCGCAUGGAGCGACAGACGGGCGAGGACUCGAAUCACAUCAAACGUGCCGUGACCAAGAGUUCACGCAAGUCUGUCGUCGCAAAAGCAAAGAGUAGCAUGCAGCUCUCUCGUGGUCUGUCCAAAGCUGACCCGGUUCCAAGAGCAGUCGUCGCCGCUGAGCCUAUUCAUGAUGGGCCACUUGAUUCCGGAGUAGCCGUCAAUGAGCAAGGCAUGAAUGAGAAGCCCAGCGACGUCAAGCUCACUAACAAAAAGUCCGAACCGAUGCUUUCACUCAUGGGCAAAAAGAACGCCUCGAGACCCCAAUCGAGAGCAACUACAGCCGCACAUCCUCCGCCGCCACCUAUUCCUGCCUCCAGACCUACUACACCAGCAAUUAGCAAGCGUAAGAGCUUCAUGAGCGUCUUCCGUCGAUGA